CUCAUCCCCAUCUCCCCUUUUCCCGCAGGGCUCCGGGCGGCCGUGACCCUGCUGGAGUCCGGGGGGGACCUCCAGCCCCCCGGGGGGUCCCUGCGCCUCCUCUGCCGAGCCUCCGGGUUCAGUUUUGGGAAUUAUGGGAUGUACUGGAUACGUCAGAGACCCGGGCAGGGGCUGGAAUACGUCGCAAGUAUCAACAACAAUGGUGGUUACACCGCCUACGCGCCCUCGGUGCGGGGCCGGGUCAGGAUCUCCAGGGACAACGGGCAGAGCUCGGUGACGCUGACCAUGAACAGCCUCAAGGACGAGGAUUCCGGAUCCUAUUUCUGUGCCAAACGUGCUGCUGCUGGUAAUUGGGCUGCUGCUUUUCGCAUUCUUUCCAUCCCCUCAUCCCCAUCUCCCCUUUUCCCCGCAGGGCUCCGGGCGGCCGUGACCCUGCUGGAGUCCGGGGGGGACCUCCAGCCCCCCGGGGGGUCCCUGCGCCUCCUCUGCCGAGGGUCCGGGUUCGAUUUCGGCAGUUUUGGGAUGGCCUGGUAUCGCCAGAGACCUGGGCAGGGGCUGGAAUUUAUCGCAAGGAUCCACAGCAAUGGUGGUUUCAUCGAGUACGGGCCGUCAGUGCAGGGCCGGGUCAGGAUCUCCAGGGACAACGGGCAGAGCUCGGUGACGCUGACCAUGAACAACCUCAAGGACGAGGAUUCCGGAUCCUAUUUCUGCGCCAAAUCUGCGGGGCUUACACUGCUGAUCCUGGUCGUAGUGAACAUGGCGGUGCUGGCUCCAUCCCCAUCUCCGAGUCCCCCCAGUCCCCAGAGCCCAGACCCUUCCCCCAGACCCCAGCCCCAGACCCAGCUCUUGACCAUUGAUCCCAGCCUGGCGCUGCCUUGGCCCCAAUUCUCACCCGCUGACCCCAAACCACAACUCCUGACCCCAAAUCUCCUCUUUGUUCCCCAAAACCUGGCUCUGAAAGUGGAAAAUUUAGCAUAG